AUGUACGGUGAUGCCAACGACAAUACAUUUGGAACAAAGGUUCAAGUAACAACUCUUGGUUUCAUGGAAGAUUUCGUAUGCACCACUUACUUGGUCUUUACUUUGUGGGCUUUUGACCUUGUGAAACAAGCAACUCAGAAGCAUUUCAAGUAUCAAGGUGGCCGAGAUUACGCUGACUUUCAAAAGCAAAAACGUCUUGCACGACUUGCUAGCCGGAUUGUGACCUUCGCCGUGUCGUGGCCCCUCUCCUUUGUCAUGAUGAUGCCUUUUGUUUGUGACAUACUCCUCGUUCGGCAUAAACAGCUACGCUUUUCGAUGGAUAUUCUUCUUUAUGCUUACCAUGAGAGGGCUUUUAUUCGUGAAGCACCAAUUUCAAAAGAGGAGUUCCACGCGGCAUUUCUUCAUUUGUUUUUCAUGGCAGUCGCUGCCACAUUUAUCGCAACGGUGCGCUCGAAGACUCGUUGGGCAGAUCUGUCGAACUGGAACCCAAUGCAUCUCGUUGUGAAUUUUAUUACAUUACGAUUAAGCCGGUUUUCCACAAAGUCUAUCCAACACAAUGGGCAGAGCUAUGAAAAGGUUCAAUCGAUCGGAGAUGCCUCACACCGACCGGUUACGCCAACGACUUUUGACACAAACUAUGUCAAUAAACUCACUACUCCCGACAAACGCCGAUUGCAGAUCGCCAUUCUCUUUGUAACCUUGAUUGCGUUUCCACUCUUUGUAGUGGGAGUUAGCAGGUCAAGCUCGGCUCUUGUUGCGUACUCCGCGCUAAACAUGACACUUAAUCAAGUACUCAUGCAGGCUUUACUGCCAGUAAGUACACGCAAAUAUAAUCAAAGUAGCUUGAGACCGUGGACUAAAACGUUCAUUCACACUCAAACUGAGGAGCAUGAACUGUUUGGGAACUCGCUCUUUCGACGCACCUUGGGCUUCCGCGGAGAUCUUGCUUUCAACGUCACUAUAGACAGCGACGACCCACCCAACGUCAUCCUCAUUGCUCUCGAGGCAGCGCGGUUUCAUAAUUCGCGUUAUCUUGUUGGAGAAUCUGACCCGUCGAAUCUAUUCAAAGGCACCAAUAUUACGAUCUCGCCAAGUUUCGACAAGUGGGCAAAACGAGGCAUAAGUUUUAGCAACAUGUGGUCGAGUCAUCCUUCAAGUCGCUGUCUGGAAAGCGUGCUAUUUGGUCAGGUUCCAUACAACCAUGAAGUAACAACUGGAAUAGCUGGUGGGAGGGCCGACACCAAGCUUUCCGGCAUGCCACAACUCUUCUUGGCUAAAGAGUAUGAAACGUUCUUUAUGACUGGAGCUGGACUCGAACACGACCAAUGGAAUAUAUUCCUAGCUGCGCAUGGAUUCGAAACCGUGUAUGCUUUUGAACAAAUGAAAGCGUUAGCAGAAAGCGAUCUGGGUAUUAGACCUGAUGAAUGGCUAGGACCUGUAUGGCGCCAGCUUGGUUGGGGCGUCCACGACGACCUCAACUUCCAACUUCUGGGUAACUUGCUAGUGAACAAGACGAAAGAGCAGAAUGAGCGUAUGGCUAAAGGUGAGCCCAAGAAGCCUUUGUUUCUCAUGCAGUACACCGUUUCUAGCCACGAACCGUUCAGACAGCGUCCGAAAUGGUACGCUGACAUGAAAAAACCUGAUUUUUCUGCUCUUUACGCUGGCCAUGAUAGAAGAAAUGUGAUCAAAAAUUACAUGGAGAUUCAGUAUUUUGUCGACAUGGAGUUGGGUAAAUUUAUGGACCGUAUGGAACAAGAAGGAAUUCUCAACAACACUAUCGUGGUUAUAUUUGGUGACCACGGCCGAGGCGUCGAGUAUGUGAAUAGUGACAUGCGUGAUGUGUCGGUGACGCGGGUGCCUGCCACCAUCAUUGCCGAAGGUCGGUUAGGAAAAUAUGCCGGGCUCAUAAUCGACGAUGCUACCGAACACUACGACCUACUUAACACGUUGGCCGACAUCACGGGGCUCCCCGAUGGUGGUUUUUUGCAGCACGGGGUGGGUCGAUCUCUCAAGCGCAAGGCUCCGUUUGGCGAGCGUGUAGUUUUCAGCAAUAACCCGAUUCGCAAGAUGGCGAUUGUGCGCGGGCACGAGCGGCUGCAAUACGAUCAAGAUCUUGACUCGGUGCUGCUGCAUAAUGCGGACACCGACCACGAUAUGCAAGUGGAUCUGUUUCCGCAUUUGACGACUGAAGAGAAGAAAGAGUGGCUAGAAUGGCGAGAUAUCGGGCGAGACAUUGGUCAAUACUACAUAGAGCGCUGGGACAACAACUGCUUGUUUGCCGUUAAUUGCACGAAUCAGUAG